UCGUCACACAAGCCAGAUCAUCGCACCAUGAGCCACAAGUCGGAGAAAAAGCAAUCCGGAUCGGAGAAGCUGCAAAAGUUGAAGGCCAUCAUUUUGCUGAAGAAACAAAAGAAACGGGCCCUAAAAAAGCUAAGAAGGAAAGAAGCCGGGCCGAACUUCAGCUACCAGCUCUUCCUCUACCGCCAGGAACUGCGGCGUGCCCACUCGGACUUCUCCUACCUUCGUCUCUCAAAGGCCAAGAUCAAUCUUACCUCGCAACUGAUUGCCAGGAAUCUCGUAUACGGUAAACCAAUGAGCACCGUGGAGGAACUAAAGGAACUCAGUCGGGAGGUGCAGUUCAAGAAGCGUCUGGCCCACCAAGUGGAGCGUCUGCAGCAAUUCCGCCAGCUGGGACUCACCGAGAUGAUCCUCAACGGCAAAAGGAUGACUCUAUAAAGGGACUACUGGGCGCAUUAGACUUAGGGCCGGGCAUUAGCUUAUUUUGGUUUCUUUGUUUCAUUUUGUGCUCUGGCCAAAAUGUAACCCACACCAACGACAGCCAAGAAGCCAUCAAAGUAAAGGUUCUGCU